GUUGAUCGGUUGCGCGGCGGUUUCUAUCGAUUCUCGGCACUUUCGGCCUUUGCUCAAUCCGCUAUGCCAACCUGUGUCGUACCCGGUUGUAUAAAUCUUCUCCAGGAAUGGACGACCUGGUUUCCGCGCGCUCCUCGCCUGGUAAACCGCUGGUUGGCAGCCAUCGAAGUCGGAACCGGGCAAGAAGUUCCCCAGUUUCAACCGCAGGAGGCACAGAUCUGCAAUAUGCACUUUGCCGUUCCGGUACAGAAGGACGGCGAUGAAAUUGUCGAGAAUGCGGAUGAGAAUGAGUACCGAGAACCGACGUUGUUUUUCCGGGAAAACGUGCUGAUCCAGAUUGCCAACUGUGAGUUGUGCCUGCGCUUCGAUACCGUUAAUGACAUGUACAAGCUUUCGGAGCGUAUCGUCUCGGGUGACAAUGAAACCUUGUAUUCACUGGCCAGAAAGUACUUAAACUUUCCGAAGAAGAGACCGCAAGUAGGGCAAUAUUUUUGCGAAAGCUGUGUAAUUCAAAUCGAUAUGACCCAUUCCUUUUGGCGAAAGAUUGAUGCUGCCUGGAAGGGUCACAAAAAAGUAUUUAAAAUGAUGACACAGGAGAAGGUGGUAUUCCGGAACAAUGGCUUAUUUCUGAACGAGGCGAACACUGUUCUCUUGGAGAUACACCCGGUUACGACUAUCAGUUUAGAUUCGUCAGAUGAAGCGGAAGAAAGUAAUCCUAGUAAAGUAAUUGCAAUAGAUUCAGAUUCGGACAACGAUGGCAUGGAACAAUUUGAGGAUAUUAUCGUAAAGGAAGAGACACAACUAGACUUUUCAGAUUCCAUGGAACAAAUGCCGGUGGCUACUCCGAACGACACCAAUAACUCAUGCAAAUGUUACAUAUGCAAUAAAUCGUUCCAAGAUAGAGACAUUUUAACGGAGCACAUAAGUAGUUCGCAUCUGGAAAAAUAUAAGCGCGCUUGCAAGAACUGUAAUCGCUCGUUCUCCUCGGCACUGUUCUACAACGAUCAUAUGGCCACCCACAAACCGUAUUGCUGCAACUACUGUCCACUGGAAUUCGACGAGCGACGGGAGGUGGUCUUUCAUGAAGUGCAGCAACAUGCUGGGGCAAAACUGCACGAACAUUGCGGCGGCUGUGGGAAGCUUUUUCGAAGUAAGACCUCGCUGGAGGAACACAUGCAGACUGAACACUGUUCUUCGUAACGAUUUAAAAAGGUAAGCUAGUUCAGAAACUGAAUAAGGAACAUGCUGAUUUAGAAUUAAAG